GGUACUCUUAUUGGAUCUGCGGCUGUCAAGCAGUGCUGAAGAAUUGGAAGGGCAAACGCUGGAAAGGCAGAGAAAGACUAACAGAAAACAGCAUUAUGUGGCUCAUUUCUGCCUUUACGUUUGAACAUAAAAAGGAAAAGGCUUCUUUUUUGCUAACUGAAACUUAAGAACGGAGGGCUGUGAGUGGAUUUAUACGAUUUCAUUCUCCAGAGGAGGUACCGCAGACAAAUUGACAGCCUUUACAUCUUUUUUUUAAAGAGGAAAAAAACUGGGCCUUUGAAACACUAAUCCGUUUUAAACGAAUUUCGUAUUGUUACACUUUGUCACCGAACUAAUAAUGGUCUGGAUUGUGGUUUUGCGACAAGAAGCAUAUUUUCCAUAGGCUAAUUGUAUUUACAUUUUGGCUUGUUGGAAUGUUUGAUCGGACUAAGCGCGUUUCGUUGUAUGCAGAGAGUCUUCAUAUGAAAGCGGUUGUCGAGAGGAAUAGGCUACUAUGCUUUGUAAAUCUUUUAGCCUGUUGAUGAUGUACGAGUGUGAAGUGGAUCAAACUGUAAAGAGAACAGGUUUGUAUCCUGUGUUUUAAAUUCGCGUCCACCAGCUCGUUAAAUUGCAAAGAUACCACAGGGAAGGUCGGAUAUAAUUUACAGUGGUGAAAACAGAAGCAACAUACUUUGGCCAAUGGAUAAAAACAACUGUAUGAAUUGAGGGGGUGAUUUAUAUCAGAGAGAAGAAAAUACAAAAAUUGCACCUUCAAUAUGAUGCAGUAAGACAACGUCGAGACGAGCCUGUGGAAGAGGUCAUUGGCGUAUGGAAUUAAAUAAUCAGAGUGAGAGUACUUCUGAAUUAAUGCUUUUGCUAGAGGAGCGCGCGUUUGCGAAAAUUAAAAAUAAAUUACUUCAUGUGAAAGUCAGAAAGGAAAUCUAUUUCCUGGUUGGGGGGCUGGGGGGGAAGGAAGAUAUAUUAUUCAUGGUCUCUGUGAGGGAACCAAGAGAGAGAGUGCGUUUUGCCUUAAAAUUUAAAGAAAGGAGUAAGAGUGAAACGUAGGUGAUUAACUGAACCGCAACAACAACAACAACAAUAAAAAAGCAAAAACGCCGAAGGAAAGCACUUUGAAAGAAAUUUGUGAAAGUGGCGUUGAAGCAUGGGCUGCGCGUCGAGUAUUAACAUCUCGGACAGGGUGGUCUAUCACAGAGGGAAAGACUCCGAGGAUUCACAUUCACCCCAGCAGACCAACGCCACUCUUCAGUCUCAGCAUCAGGGGAAUCCAGCCCUUGGAAUACCCGCGAAACCUUCCGACAACAAGGCUUCAAUCACAGAGGUGGAGUUUGGACCAAUGAGGCUCUAUAAAGAGCAGCUGCAGGUGCUGUUAGUGUUUGCCAAAGAUGACAGCCAGAGUAAUGCUUUCUGUUGGGCGUGUGAGAAAGCCAGCUUCAGGUGUAGCAUAGCCAGAACCCCCGAAUCUGCGCUGGAGUCUUUCCUGGAGAAACAUCAUGACAUCAUCAUCAUCGAUCACAGGCAAACAAAACACUCUGAUGCAGAAGCCCUCUGCCGGUCUAUCCGGGCCGUGGGCUCGUCGGAAAACACGGUGAUCGUGGCUGUGGUGAAGAGGCCUGACCGUGAGGAGGCGUCCGUGAUGCCCCUGAUCGCAGCCGGAUUCAACAGGAGAUACGUAGAAAACGGAAACACGAUGAGCUGCUACAACGAGCUGAUCCAGCUGGAACGUGGGGAGGUGCUCGCUCAGGUCAAGCUGAGAGCAUGCAAUGCCCUUUUCACUGCCCUGGAACAAAGCCAAGAUGCUGUGGAGAUCUCCAGUGAAGACCAGGUGAUCCAGUAUGUGAACCCAGCAUACGAGACCAGUACAGGGUACCAGAGGGGUGAUCUCAUUGGGAAGGAGUUCAUCGAAAUGCCAAAGAGUGAGAAGAACAAGCCUGACCUGCUGGAGACCAUCAAUACCUGCAUCAUGAAGGGGAAGGAAUGGCAGGGGGUUUAUUAUGCCAAAAAGAAGAAUGGAGAUAGUGUGCAGCAGAAUGUGAAGAUCACUCCUGUGAUUGGACAAGGAGGAAAAAUCAGACACUAUGUGUCUAUUUACAGGUCUUUAAAUGAUAAUAAUAAGACUGACAAGUUUAGUGAAGGUGUACCAGCAGAACCUCACACAGAUGUCCAGCUGAGCAGACACAGAGACCGCAGGAAAGGCUCCUUAGAUGUCAGAUCAACCACGUCCCGGGGGAGCGAUGGAAGCUCUCAGAGAAGGAACUCUUCCAUGGCACGGAUCCACUCCAUGACCAUAGAGGCUCCAAUAACUAAGGUGAUAAACAUCAUUAACGCGGCUCAGGAGAGCAGCCCCAUGCCCGUGUCGGACGCUCUGGAGCGAGUGCUGGAGAUCCUGCGCACCACCGAGCUCUACUCCCCCCAGCUGGCCCCCAAAGAGGAGGACCCCCACACCAACGACCUCGUGGGAGGCCUCAUGCUGGAUGGUUUGAGGCGGUUGUCUGGAAAUGAAUACAUCCUUGCAACAAAACACCCUCACCAUAUUCCCAGUCACCUGAUCACACCGCUCUCUCUGAACGACAUCCCACUGCGUGUGGCUCAGACCAUGGAGAAUGAGGAAUCAUGGGACUUCGACAUCAUCUCCCUGGAGACGGUCACACUCAAACGCCCCCUGGUGUUCUUGGGUUUGAAGAUCUUUUCCCGAUUUGGGGUGUGUGAGUUCCUCAACUGCCCCGAGGCCACCCUGAGGGCGUGGCUGUCUGUGAUCGAAGCCAAUUACCACUCCAGCAACUCCUACCACAACUCCAGCCACGCGGCUGAUGUCUUGCACGCCACCGCCUACUUCCUGUGCAAAGAGCGUGUGAAGCAAAGCCUGGACCCCAUCGACGUGGUGGCCGCGCUGAUCGCUGCCACGGUCCACGACGUCGAUCACCCGGGCCGCACCAACUCCUUCCUGUGCAACGCGGGCAGCGAGCUGGCCAUCCUGUACAACGACACGGCCGUGCUGGAGAGCCACCACACGGCCCUGGCCUUCCAGCUGUCCACCCGCGACGACAAGAGCAACAUCUUCAAGAACAUGGACCGGAAUGAGUACCGCUCGCUGCGGCAGGCUAUAAUCGACAUGGUCCUGGCCACGGAGAUGACCAAGCACUUUGAGCACGUCAACAAGUUUGUGAACAGCAUCAACAAGCCCCUGGCUGCCCUGGAGGAGAACGGGGGGGGUGGGGAGGAGGACUGUGCAGGGAGCAUUCUGACGUCACCGGAGAACCGCAUCCUGAUCAAGCGCAUGCUGAUAAAGUGUGCAGACAUCUCCAACCCCUGCAGACCGCUGGAGCUGUGCAUAGAGUGGGCCGGACGCAUUUCCGAGGAGUAUUUUGCACAGACUGAUGAGGAGAAGCAGCAGGGUCUGCCGGUGGUGAUGCCCGUCUUUGACAGGAACACCUGCAGCAUUCCCAAAUCCCAGAUCUCCUUCAUCGACUACUUCAUCACGGACAUGUUCGACGCCUGGGAUGCGUUCGCGGACCUGCCCAACCUCAUGCAGCAUCUGGACAGUAACUUUAAGUAUUGGAAAAGCCUGGACGAGCAGAAGCUCUGCACCCUGCGGCCUCCUCCAGAGUAGCCGGCCUAUCCCGUGCUGUUUUGCACAGUGGGUGGGUGGGGCCUCCCUCGUCCUGUCCAAUUACAGCCUUGCAGAGGCGUCGCUGAGGGGCAGCUCUGUCCAGAACAUCACCCUGUCAGGGACCUACUGACGCCUGCUUCCUGUAUCACAUUAGAGAGGUGGAGAGUGAGAGAGAGAGAGAGAUGGAGAGAGAUGUAGAAAAAGAGUUGGAUGGAUUUAUAGUGAGAGAUGGAGAGAGAAAGAGAAAGGGAGGAAGAGAUGGAUGGAGAGGAAAGAGAUUUAUGGCAUUAUAGAGGUUGAUGGAUGGAGUUAGAGGGAGAGAAAGUUGGAUGGAGUUAUAGAGAAAGAGAGAGAGAGAGAGAGAGAGACUGCUUGCAGAACACAUGGCACUAGCUUGGUGAGCAGAAGCACAAUUAAAAGGAUGAGUGUACAGAGCCCGGCUCCAGCUGUCCAGCCAUUCUGCUGAUGUGUGGCACGCCUUCAAAACCCUCAGCCCACCACCAGUACAGCAGUACACACAGACUCGCAGGGCCUGGUGGCCGCUCCGAUGGGGACGAAACAAAAUGGAUGCAUUUAUGCGCAGUGAGCAGCGGGGUCACGGCUGUCGGCCUCCUCCCCAUCCAGGGCAGAGGUGCAGAAGGGGACGGGCCACCAGGGGGCGCUCCAGAGGCCUCACGCAGGACGAGGGGAUGAGCUCCAUUUUCUCUGUCAGGUGACUCACCCCCCCCCCCAGAAACAGUGUGCUCCCUCCCUUAUUCAUCCGCCUUUUCUUUCUUCUUGUGUUUCGCUCCUGUUUUCACUGCCCCCUUCACGAACACGGAGAGGGGCCUCCUGGCCGGGGGACGGUUCAGCUGCACCUCUUUUUUAAAGUGGGGGCGGGGUCACCCUUAGAUCACAUAAGCAUCUACAAGUAGACAUUUUCAGUAUAUUUCUUUUAAUUAUUCAAUAUUUCUAAAAAAAAUAAAUGAAUACAUAAUAAUAAAAAGCCAAAGCUGAGUAUAGUAUCAUCCAACAUGAAGACAUGUUUAUUUUCAUAAUGCAAAUAUCAACUAGAAUGCCACCUUUCUAUUGCACUGUAAAGAAGAAUAGAAGUGUAUGUUGUAAUAAUGUGUCUGCAACUGGGGUGCUGUGUUCCGGCCAAUAAGCUGUGUAGCUGCUGAUAGUCUGGGCGUGAGAGUGUGUUUCUGUGGUUGUGGCUCUCCACGAUGCGUCGUGGCAUAAACCACGCUGCUUUCUGUAACAGAUGAAAUCUGUGAAAGUGACUUUCUUUUCUUCUCCCAGAAAUUUUAUAUCUGGUUUAUCCUACUGAGAGACUGCCUUAUUUUAUACACUAUUUAUACAGUCCGCCCCACUGUGCAAAUGCAAAGAACAUCUGAAGUUUUUAUUUUAAAAUAAUGAAGUGAAAGUAAAAUACUGAAAUGUUAAUAUUUUUGUAGACUAUGUAUUUUACACUGGAGUGUUGAAAUGAAAGCAAACACGAGCUUAGAUCUGGCAUUUUGUGGAGACGUUUGACAAAAGCAUUGAAAAGGCAUUGCAGUGUAACAAAACCAUAGCUUUUCAGGACAUGCAGAGUUCAAAGCUAUCUGUUGCUGUCAAAUAUUGGUCUUCUACCACACUGCUCGCUUUGAUUUUUAAAAGUAGCAGAUCAUUACUGUCUGUUUGUUAGAAGACCUGUCUCCACAGAAAACCCAGGGACAAAGCAUUCUCCACCAAUGGUUUCUGAUAAAGAUAUGUCUGUGUGAAAGAAUGUUCCUUAAGAUUAUUUCCUAUUUUUAUUUAAAGAGUAUAUAUAAAUCUGCCAUAAUACAGAAGACUAUAUAUGGGUCAAUAUGAUAUAUUGACCUGAAGCUUUGUUCUGUCUUUUUUUCUUUCCGGCAGAAUUUUAAAUUCAUUCAGGGGUUUUGUUUCUUUGUUCUGAUUCAUUGCUUCUGCUGGUCCAACAGCACCAAGGGGAGGGGAAAGACAUUAGAAAAUUAUUCUAUUAAAAAUAAAAUGAUGACAA